GCAACAUGGCGGAUGGGUUCCAUGGUUCUCGUGAGCUUGGGUUAGACGAAACAGGAAAAAAGGAAUCCAUCAUGGAAAGUAAGCCAUACCCCACUCAACCAGAAGAUCCAUACAGUCAACAUGGUGGAGCAUAUUACCAACCAGACUACAGCCAGUUUGACCUGGUCCGAGCAACACAGUAUGGCAUCUUUGACAGAUGUGCUGAGCUGAUUGACAAGGAAGGAGUAGAUGUAAAUACUCCUGACAAAGAAAAUGUUUCGGCAUUGCAUUGGGCUGCAAUCAACAAUAGAAUAAGAAUUGCUGAGUAUUUUGUCAAAAAGGGAGCUAUUGUUGAUAUGAAGGGUGGUAUUUUGCAUGCCACACCACUACAUUGGGCUGUCAGGCAAGGCCACCUUGAGAUGGUUGUCUUUCUAAUGAAGCAUGGAGCUGAUCCAUCAUUACUUGACAUAGAAGGGUGCAGUUGUUUACAUGUAGCUGUUCAGAACAGUCAGAUGGGAGUUGUGGCUUAUUUGAUUUCUAAAGGAAUGGAUGUUGAUUUGCUGGAUAGAAAUGGAAUGUCACCUUUGAUGUGGGCAUCUUAUAGAUGCUUUGGGUUGGAGCUGACAAGGAUGCUCUUGACAAUGAAUGCCUCAAUAGCACUGGCUGACAAGUUUCAUAAAAAUACAGCUUUACACUGGGCAGUGAUGUCUAACAACCACAAUGUGAUACGAACACUUCUUAAAGCUGGUGCCAGCAUGGAUGCUUUGAAUGCUGAGGGUCAGUCUCCAUAUGACUUGGCAAAACAGAAGAAAAGCAAGUGGAUUUUGGUUCAAAUGGAUUUGAUGCAAAAAGACAAAGGAGAAGGAAAACCAGUAUUUUUACAAUCUUUGACCAGAGACAAGGCUGUUCAACGCUAUGUUCAAAUAGGACUGCCAUUCUUUACCAUCUUCUCAAUUGGUGCGAUUUUAGAGUAUUCAUCGGCAUGGUUUAUUUCUCUGCCACUCUUUUUAGCUGUAGGAUUGACAGCGUACUAUACAAUGCAUUGGUUCACUUUAGUCUAUUCUGCUGGUAGUGCUGUUGUAUUCGGCUGGACACUGGCCACCAAAGCUUAUCUUUACUACAACAUUUUAACUGUGUAUUUGUAUUAUGUUAAUAGCCCGUUUAUCUUGGCAUUAUUCUUCGUCAACACCGUUGGUUUGUAUUACUGUUUCUACAAGUCGUGGAAGGCAGAUCCAGGGUAUAUCAGCACAACCACAUCUGAACAACGACAGACCAUUAUAGAACUCGUGGAAAAGAAUUCGUUCGACUUUACAAAGUUUUGUUCGACUUGUCUUUUACGAAAACCUGUCCGAUCAAAACAUUGUUCCGUUUGUGAACGCUGUGUAGCCAAGUUUGAUCAUCACUGCCCCUGGGUAGAGAAUUGUGUUGGUGUUGGUAACCAUCUGUACUUUUUUGGAUACCUGUGUUUCCUGUUUGGUAUGAUUCUCUGGUACAUCUAUGGAGGAACCGUUUAUUAUGUUACAGCUUGUGGUCCCUACCCUGAUGGGAUCUGGAAAACCAUCGCUCACAGCACGCGUUGUGCCCCUUGGAUCACGUGGGGUUAUGCCAACGCCCUGUUCCACGUGAUGUGGGUGGGCGCUUUGUUUUUCUGUCAAUGUUACCAGAUCUUCUGGUUGGCAAUGACGACCAAUGAACGCUUGAACAUGUCAAGGUAUGCCCACUUUAGCGAUGACAAAGGAAUGCCUCAGAGCCCGUUCAGUCGCGGUCCUCUCGGAAAUAUUGCAGACUUUACAAAUACGAAUCUUUGCGGUCUGGUGCGACCUCUCCGAGUAGACUGGUAUCGACAGUUUAGUAGUGAAGUCAAAAGUACCCAGAAGACUGUGUGAUACUUGUGUAUUUAGAAUGGAUAUUAAAAAAGUUUGCGAUCGUCAGUUUUAUCAAGAUGAUGACUUGUUUUACGUGACAAUAGCGAAAACGGCUGCGAAAAUAAUAAUUUGGACCUAAAAACCGACACAGUCCUUCACGUGGUGUAAUCGGUGGAGUGUAUUCCUGGAAAAGACUGCUUGUGGUGACGGUUACUGUAGAUUCAAGGUCCUGAGUGAAAGUCAUUAUCAAACAUUCUGUUGUCGAGAAAAAAAGAGUCUACGGGAAUCUUUGCCAGCUGAUAUUUAAGGUAAUGCGACGAGUCUCCAUAGCGACGAAUUGACAGCUGUCAAAAUUCGUGCUUUUUUCUGAUCGUUUGGGUUGGAUACAGAUGACGUGUUUGACGAUUGUUCGGGUUGCGGUAGUAAACGUCUUGCUGGGUAAUAUUAGCAAAGUAAGACUGAAUGAACAAUAUUUUUGAGACUUAGGCUUUAAGCUUUAGAUUUAAUAUGAAGUAUUGGUCAAUGAGAGAGCUUGUUUAUGGGCCCCUUAGGUAUUAUAAUUCAACAGUCGAUAAUCUUAACAUGGGUGGCUCUGAUGACUCCGGUAGUUGACGAGGUGAAGGAAAGUUUGUUCUGUUAGGCUGAUCGGGUGGAAUGUGUCGAUCUUGCCUGCUCGAGAUUGCCUCUUUGUUUACGCGUUCUUACUUUCUUCUUUAUUUCUGGGCAAUUUUUUAUGAAGACUUAAAGGUUUCCCAGCAGUUCUUACAACAAUUGACUCGCAAAACGCAUUAUCCGUAAGUCGCCAAAAAUAACUGAGAAAACCUCGAAGAAAACUGAUAAAACCUGAAAUUUUGUUGCGUAAUCAUAUGGUGAUAUGACAUAUUCUUUGUUGAUCCAAUUAGUUCGCUAAAGACGGCUACAUAAUGGCCUUGUUGUCUUUUUAUUAUCAAAGUAUCUGCAUUUUAUUCGGGGGAGAAGAUACCUU